UAGUCUAGCCCGUUCCAGCUCCCGCACGCGAACCUCGCAGCAUGCCUGCACUAGUGUACAUCACCAUGCGCGCUGGUUGGCGCGCCGAAAGCUUAUCGUCCAUUGUCGAGUCAACGCCGUGAUAAGGGAGCACAUCAACGCAAGCCGCAGUGAGGGGUAGCUGAUUGCAUGCAUGCAGGGCUUGAUACGGGAUGCGCAGAUGUGAUAAGAUGGUCGUGCAGCGCACGCGCUGGGAGAGUAGGUUGUGUAACGGUGAGACGAGACGCGACAUCAGCGUCUGUUUGACACCAUACCAUAAGAUACGUUUAGUACCAUUCGCGCUGGAGCUCUGCGAAUCGAUCCCCGCAUUGUGAUUGAGAUACCAACAUGGCUGAGGAAGUUCCCAAGUACGAUGCUGAGAGGCAGGGCUCUUUGACUGGGGUCGCAGAGGGUCUUGCGAGCGAGGACGAUGCCGCAGUCUUGGCAAAGCUGGGCUACAAGCAAGAGCUCCGAAGAAAUUUUGGCAUCAUUGAGGUCUUUGGCAUUGCAUUCUCCAUCAUGGGUCUGCUUCCGUCUAUAGCUUCCACCCUGGCGUACUCGCUGCCAGCAGGACCUGCUGGGCUUGUCUGGGGAUGGUUCACUGCCAGCGCGUUCAUCUUCGUCGUUGGCCUCGCGAUGGCGGAUCUGGGAAGUGCGAUGCCUACCUCCGGGGGACUUUACUGGUGGACACAUUACUUCGCCAGCCCGAAGACGCGCAACGCAUUGUCGUUUUUGGUCGGGUAUAGCAACACACUGGGCCUUGUUGGCGGACUGUGCAGCAUAGACUACGGCUUUGCGCUGAUGUUUGUCUCCGUCAUUGUCAUCUCACGGGAUGGCGAAUGGGAGCCGUCGAAUGGCAUCGUUUACGUGGUAUUUAUGUGCUGCGUCUUGGUCCACGGCGUGCUUGCAUCCACGAUAUCAAAGGCCAUGGCGAAGUUGCAGACCGUUUUCGUCAUAGCAAACUUCAUCCUCAUCGCUGCGACGAUAAUAGCUCUUCCCAUCGGACGGAAACACGAGCGCAACGACGCGAAGUACAUCUUCGGCCACACCGACAACUUGACGACGUGGUCUCCCGGUUUCGCUUGGUUCCUGACAUGGCUCUCGCCAAUUUGGACGAUUGGAGGGUUUGAUUCCUGUGUGCAUAUGUCAGAGGAAGCGUCCAACGCAACCAAAGCCGUUCCAUACGGCAUUCUCAUGAGUAUCGGCAGCUGCUGGUUCUUCGGCUGGAUAAUCUGCAUCGUCCUCGCGGCCUGCAUGACGCAGGACACCUCGACCCUCCUCGAAUCCCCCUUCGGCCAGCCCAUGGCGCAGAUCUACUACGACGCGCUGGGCAAGCACGGCGCGCUGGGCAUGAUGAGCCUCCUCUUCAUCGUGCAGUUUCUGAUGGGCCUCUCCAUCCUUGUCGCGGUCAGCCGCCAAUCCUGGGCCUUCUCUCGUGACGGCGCACUCCCCUUCAGCUCGUUCUUUCGCCGCGUCUCGCCCCGACUGCUCAUCCCCGUGCGCGCGGUCUGGGGCUGCGUCCUCGUCGCAUGCGUGUUGGGUUUGCUGUGUUUGAUCGCGCCGGCCGCGGCGUCCGCGCUCUUCUCGCUGGCUGUCGCAGCGAACAACGUCGCGUGGGGAACGCCGAUCUUGUGCCGCCUGGUCUGGGGCCAGAAGAAGUUCAAGCCCGGCCCCGUGUACACGGGUGACAAGCUCUCCCGGCCGAUCGGGUGGCUGGCGAUUGUGUUCCUCGUGUUUGGCAUCGUGCUCGCGAUGUUUCCUGCGGGUGGGCCGAGUCCGACGCCCCAGACGAUGAACUACACCGUCGUCGUCAACUGUGCGGUCUGGGGCGGGAGUCUGGCUUACUACUUUAUCGAUGCGAGGAAGUGGUUUACCGGGCCGAAAAUUACGCUCAGUGAGGAUGAUCUCACAGAUGAGCAACAGGCUGCGAUUCGCGAGGAGGGAUUGCAGAUCGAGGGUGUUCCUACGACUGUGGAGAGCGUGGAAGGAGGAGGGGAAAAGGGUGAACAUGUUGGAGCGAAGAUCUGAAAGGGUUGGCAAAGGUGAAUACAAGGCCGUAGUACUUAGACCUCAGACAUGGUGCCAGCGAUCUGCAGUAUACGCGAUAUCG